UUGGAAGAAAUGUCUCCUACAACAAGACAAAUUGUUUCUACAAAAAAUAAUAAUCCACGAAAAAACAAUUUCACCGAGAAAAGUCCUGUAACGGUUAAUCAGAAGUCCAAUAUGGUUAAACCAAAAAAGCAAGAUUCUACAUAUCAACCCAAACAUUCACGUAAACCAUCGAAUCAAUUCAAGGAUAGAAAGCAAAAUCAGCAGAAAGAAAACGUUGAAAAUGUGGAUAAUGUUAAGUUGGAAAUUCAAAGGGUAUUAGGUGGCCGAUUUAUUGAUCGUCCUGUUGUGUUUUCAAAGGAUUCUAAAUAUUUUUUCUGUUGUUGCUCAAACUCCGUUAAAGUUGUCAGCGUUGAAACUGGUGAAAUUAUAAAAACAUUUUCCAUUUCACCAGAAGAAAUUGGAAGUCAUAAGAAAGAUGUAACAUUUAUAAAGAUGGAUCCAAAUAACGAUGACCAGUUAUACUCUGCUUCUUUAGAUGGCACAAUCAAAUUGUGGAAUUAUACACGUCUUAUAAGGGAAUAUUAUGUGGGUUUGCCAAUCCUCCGAAUGGAGAUGCAUGCCGCACAUCCAAAUCAAUUUUUUAUU